AUGAUCCUCAAUGUGUGUGCACCAGGCAGCAGAGCCUCAAGGUACACAAAGCAGAAACAGAUGGAGCUGAAAGGAGAGACGGCCAGGUCCAUAAUUAGAGUUGAGGCCCUCAACACCUCCCCACCCUGCCUCUUAGCAAACUAUGACGAUGUGGGUAGUUCAUCUCAAGAAAGAAGUGAAGGUUGGAGUUCUUCCCCACAUAGUUUGAGCAAGAGGAGCCCUCAUUAUGAACAUGGUGGAUAUGAGCCUCAGCCUUCAGGGCUCCAGGAGGAGGAUGGAAAUGUGAUGAUGAGGGAUGUCCAGGAGGACCCCAAAGGAAGAGACUCUCCCUGCACUGCUGCCCAGCAAGACAACAGGAGAGUGAAAUGGCACAGUGAGGGCCACAUCCAUAUUACUGUCUGGACAAAUGGAAAACCUAUGGAGAAAGGAACAGGGGAGAAUACACAAGACAGAACCCAGUCAAGCUGGUUCAAGGUCACAAUUCCUUACGGGAUAAAGUAUGACAAAACAUGGCUAAUGGACUCAAUCCAGAGCCAUUGCAGUGUUCCCUUCACUCCAGUGGAUUUUCAUUACGUGAAAAGUGGGGCUCGGUUCUUUGUCCAGGAUGCUAGCACUGCCUCUGCAUUGAUGGAUGUCAGCUAUGAGAUUUGUGAUGAGGAGGACCAAAAGAUACCUAUCAUUGUCAACCCCUCUGAUGUUGUUCCCUACUCAGUGUGCAAUAAGUUGGAGCCAGAAGAAAUGGAGCAGCUAAAGCUGACCUUGUACAAACGCUAUGAUGUCUCCCAGAAAGCUCUUGACCUCCAGAGGCUCCGCUUUGACCCAGGCUUGGUAGGUCAUGAUAUUGAUAUAAUUCUGAAUCGAAGAAACUGCAUGUCUGCCACCCUGCAGAUCAUUGAAAAGAAUUUCCCUGAGCUGUUGUCCUUGAACCUGAGCAGCAACAAACUGUACCGGCUGGAUGGCCUGUCUGACAUUAUACAGAUGGCCCCCACAGUCAAGAUUCUGAACCUCUCCAAAAAUGAGCUGAAGUCAGCCUGGGAGUUGAGCAAGAUGAAAGGGCUGAAGCUUGAGGAGCUGUGGCUGCAAGGGAACCCUCUGUGUGGCACCUUCCCAAACCAGUCCACCUACAUAAGUGCCAUCAGAGAAUGCUUCCCCAAGUUGUUACGCCUGGACGGCCGGGUGUUACCCUCACCAAGGAUCGUUAACAUUGAUGCUCCCUAUGUGCUAAAGCCCUGCAAGGAAAGCUAUAAAGGAUCUGAUGCGCUGAAGAGUCUAAUUCUGCAAUUCCUGCAGCAGUAUUACUUGAUCUAUGACUCUGGAGAUCGAUAUGGUCUCCUGGGUGCUUACCACCAAAGGGCCUGCUUCUCCCUGACCAUUCCCUUCAAUCCCAAGGACCCGGCCCCGGGCAGCUUGUACGAGUACCUUGAGGCAAACAGGAACAUGAAGAAGCUCAAGGACCCCCACCUGAGGGUCCAGUUGCUAAAGCACACAAAACAUGAUAUUGUGCAUUCCCUCUGUGUGUUGCCCAAAACUCAGCAUGACUUCAGCUCCUUCAUGGUGGACAUGUGGCUCAAGACGGAAACGAUGCUCUGCUUCUCUGUCACCGGGGUGUUCAAGGAAGUGGGAGGCUGGUCUCAGGGCUGUGUUCGUGCCUUCACCCGAACCUUCAUCACUACCCCUGCCACCUCUUCCAGUCUUUUCAUUGUGAAUGAUGAACUUUUUGUGAGAGAAGCCAGCCCUAAAACAACUCAGAGCACAUUCUCCAUCUCAGUGCCCACACCGUCCACCAGCUCCAUGCCAACCCUCUCUGAAGAGCAGCAGCAAAUUGUAAAAGCUUUCUCCAGUCAGUCUGGGAUGAACCUCCAAUGGUCUGAGAAGUGCCUUCAGGACAAUGAGUGGAACUAUGCCAGAGCUGGGCAAGUCUUCAGUAUACUCAAGACCGAGGGCAAGAUCCCAGAGGAGGCCUUCAGAGUAAUCCCCUAAAAGGAGCCCUUGGAUAUCAUCUUUAUCUUCAUCCAUGUCAUCUUUGUUUUUCUUUUCCAAGCCUCAGGCCAUGCCCAUGACUAGGGUUGGAGGCCUAGUAGACCAAGAAGCCAAAGCUGCCUU